UGUUUGCAGUUAGCAUCAGUCAUCCUGAAGCAGUAUGUGGAGACUCACUGGUGCUCCCAGUCAGAGAAGUUCAGGCCUCCUGAAACCACAGAUCAGGCGAAAGCCGCCAUCCGGGAGCUGCUGCCAAGCGGUCUGCGGGAGGCGAUCAGCAAAGUCCGCUCCAGUGUUGCGUAUGCCGUGUCGGCCAUCGCCCACUGGGACUGGCCUGAAGCCUGGCCGCAGCUGUUCACCCUGCUGAUGGAGAUGCUGGUCAGCGGGGAUGUCAAUGCUGUGCACGGGGCCAUGAGGGUCCUCACAGAGUUUACUCGGGAGGUGACAGAUACACAGAUGCCGCUGGUGGCUCCAGUCAUCUUACCCGAAAUGUACAAGAUCUUCACCAUGGCCGAGGUGUACAGUAUUCGUACCCGAUCCAGAGCAGUGGAGAUUUUCACCACCUGUGCUAACCUGAUCUGUGCUAUUGAAGAGCUUGAGAAGGGUGCAGCCAAAGCGCUGAUCUUCCCUGUGGUGCAGCAGUUCACAGAAGCAUUUGUGCAGGCUCUGCAGAUGCCUGAUGGACCCUCAUCUGAUAGCGGUCUCAAGAUGGAAGUCCUCAAGGCAGUGACAGCGUUGGUGAAGAACUUCCCCAAACCCAUGGUGUCGUCCAUGCAGCAGAUAUUACCCAUUGUGUGGAAUACGCUGACUGAAAGUGCAGCUUUUUAUGUGCGAACAGAAGUCAACUACACAGAGGAAGUGGACGACCCUAUAGACUCAGAUGGUGAGGUUUUGGGUUUCGAGAAUCUGGUGUUCAGCAUCUUUGAGUUUGUCCACACGCUGCUGGAGAACAACAAGUUCAAGAGCACAGUGAAGAAAGCGCUGCCUGAACUCAUCUAUUAUGUCAUCCUCUACAUGCAAAUCACUGAGGACCAGAUCAAAGUGUGGACGGCUAACCCCCAGCAGUUUGUAGAGGAUGAGGAUGAUGACACCUUCUCCUACUCGGUCAGGAUCUCUGCUCAGGACCUGCUGCUGGCUGUUGCUGCAGAGUUUCAGAACGAGAGCGCUGCAGCGCUGGCAGCGGCAGCGACCAGACAUCUCCAGGAGGCAGAGCAGGCCAAGAACAGUGGCAAUGAGCACUGGUGGAAGAUCCAUGAGGCCUGCAUGUUGGCCCUCGGCUCUGUUAAAACCAUCAUCACGGAGAACGUAAAGAACGGCCGUAUCCAGUUUGACAUGCACGGUUUCCUGGCCAGUGUCAUCCUCGCUGACCUCAACUUGGCAGGUGAGUCCUAAACUGAUCCUUUUUCUAGAAGAUCAGUGAACACGGCGUGAAGCAGGGCAGCAUUGUCUCCUGAGCUCAUCCAGCAGUUCCUCCAGGCCACCGUCAGCGGCCUCCACGACAGCCAGCCGCCCUCCGUCCGCAUCUCGGCGGUCAGGGCCAUCUGGGGGUAUUGUGAUCAGCUGAAGCUGUCUGAGAGCACACACGUCCUUCAGCCCUUCCUCCCCAGCAUCCUCGAGGGUCUGGUCCAACUGGCCGCUCAGUUCAGCUCAGAGGUGCUCACCCUCGUCAUGGAGACUCUGUGCAUCGUCUGCACCGUAGACCCGGCCUUCACCACCAGUGCCGAGAACAAGAUCUGCCCCCUCACCAUUGCUAUUUUCCUUAAAUAUAACAAUGACCCUGUGGUGGCGUCCCUGGCUCAGGACAUCUUUAAGGAACUGGCACAGAUCGAAGGCUGCCAGGGCCCCAUGCAGAUGCGCCUCAUCCCCACGCUGGUCAGCAUCAUGCAGGCUCCCCCCGACAAGAUUCCCUCCGGACUCUGUGCUACGUCUAUAGACAUCCUGACCACAGUCGUCCGAAACACCAAACCCCCUCUGUCAGAGAUGCUGGUGUGCCAGGCCUUUCCUGUGGUCGCACAGUGCACCUUACGCACUGACGACAACACGAUAAUGCAGAACGGCGGCGAGUGUCUGCGCGCGUACGUCUCCGUCGCCCUCGAGCAGGUCGCUCAGUGGAGGGACGAGCAGGGGAAGAGCGGCCUCUGCUUUCCAUUUCUCUUUUCUCCACCGUCGCCUACCUCCUGCAGCACGGUGGCUCUCUGCAAGCUGCUGCAGCACGGUCUCAACACUGACGACAAACGUCUCCAGGACAUUGUGGUGAAGGGAGAGGAGAUCUACAGUCCUGAAGACGGCAUCCGCACACGCUCCAAAUCUGCCAAGAACCCAGAGCGAUGGACCAACAUUCCUUUGCUGGUGAAGAUCUUUAAAUUGAUCAUUAACGAGCUGUCGACAGUAGUGGAGGCGAACGCCAGCAGGGCGAACGCAGCAGACUGGACCCAAGAUUCCAGCGGUAUGUGGGAGGACAAUGAGGCGGAAGAGGGGGAAGAUGAUGAUGAGGAGGAUGAAGGGCUUGCAGGGCAGCUGCUUUCUGAUCUCAUCGCCUCCAAUAAAUACGAUGACGAUUAUUACGAGGAUGAUGAGGAGGAUGAUCCGGAUGCCUUGAAAGACCCCAUAUAUCUGAUUGACCUGCAGGCUUACCUGACAGACUUCCUGACGCAGUUCGCCCAGCAGCCAUGUUACAGCAUGUUCUCAGGACACCUCAACAACACCGAGAGACAAACCCUGCAGUCUAUAGGCCUCUAGCCCCGCCGCCUGCCGCUCCAACACAUCUUCUUCCACUUACAAUGCCCUCUCUUCUAUUGCCCCCCACCCAACCCCCCCCAUCACUCCUGCUCUCAUGAUGAAUUUACAACAUAGCAAAGAAAAAGGAGGAAAGAAACGUGGGCUGAUGGGCCGGGCAGAGGAAAAAGGGGGACAGGGGUUAAAAGAGAUGGACCAAGCACUUACCCGUUACUCCCGUUUCUGCAUUCUUGCGAUGGGACGAAGGACUUUGCAGAUGUUACUCUGAGGAAGAUGAAGAGGUGAGAGGACUGCCCCAGGGUCUGUUCUUGAAGAAGGUCAGAGGACUCACCGUUUUUAGAGUUAAUUUCAGACUGGACGAGAGGAUUGAAUUUAAAAAAAAAAAAAAAGGUUGAGGCUUCGCAGUGGGACAGCUGAACCGUGAAAAAUAUGAACAGACGACUUUGCCGUGUCCGAUUUGUAACUUAGCCCGUUAUUUUUUGUGUUUCUGUGUAAACAGAGUAAAAAUGCGACAUGGGAAAAACACUUGCAAGAGACUUUACAUUGAUUGAAGGAAAAAGUUUCAAACUAAAAUAAAACUUCCCAAUGUUUGGAGAGGGAGAGAAACGUUUUGGCGGCCUUACGUUCCUGAAACCGCCGCUCGUUUUCUGACAGGAAAUGAAAAGCUCUUCGACCGGCUGUCAUGUCUCGGGGUACGGUGGGUAUUCGGGAAUUCACACUGUUGCCAUGGUGAUUCACAGCCUUGUCCUUGUACCCAUUGACAUUUGGGAUGGAAAGAAAAUUUCUAAAUAAAAGUCCUGGAGGGACAACAUUUCCAGAUUGAUUUCCAGAUUCCUCUCUUGUCUCCCUGAGCUGGGAAUAUUACACCCUGGUCUUUAAUCACAUUUUUAAUAAUAAAAUCUGACAUUUAAAA